AUGAACCCGACGAUAUUGAUGCUCCAGGUGUUGUUUCUCGUCGUGGGGGUUGUGGGAGAUGGACUUACCCUUGCAAAGUGCUCUUCAUCGAACGUUGCUGGAGGCUCUGGAACCUACUAUCAAUUCAAUUCCAAUGGAAAAUGCCACGAUACUUGUGAAGGUUUUGGGUAUACGGUGGCAAUUGUCCAGGGAUUCUACUGCUGGUGUGCCAACGAGGCGCCGGGCUCGACGGUUUCGUCGUCAAAAUGUGACACAUCAUGUCCUGGAUACCCUGCGGAGAUGUGUGCGGGAAGCGGCUACUAUGGAUAUAUUUAUAUUGACGGAGAACCGAGCGAGACACAGCAAGAGACAGAGACACAGAAACAAACUCAGCAACUGACCCAAACGCAGAAAACUCAACAACUGACACAGCAACUGACACAAGAUCACCAGACAGAAACCGAGUCGCCAUGGCCCGACGAUGCAUUUGAAUCGGCGCUGAAAUCACCAAGCACAACCAGUACUUCCACCACUUCAACCUCGCCAACUUCCACUUCCACUUCAAGUACUACAAAACCUUCAACCCCCACCAGUUCCACUACUUCAACCCCCACCAGUUCCACUACUUCCUCCCCCACAAGUUCCUCCACGGAACGCCCACUCCGAGCAACAACAGUCUACUCCAUCAAAACCGUCAAAGGCGAACAAACAACCACCGUUUAUACCCAAUGGGCCACCGAGAGUGCUAAUGAAACCAGCGGUUCGGCAAGUGGUUCGUCCAGUGGUUCAGCAACUGGCUCGGCCAGCGGCUCGAGUGGCCCCGCCAGUCUCUCAAACCGCCCGGCUAGCUCAACCGGCGCCGAUAGCAGCUCUUCGGCUCCCAGCCAGAACAAGAGUUUUUUCGAUUCCAAAGGAAAAGUUGCUGGAACUUUCACCGCCGUGGGCGUGGUGGUGGUGGGGCUUCUUGCGGGGCUUCUCUACUGCUGCUGCUGCCUUUCUCGCCGAAACGACGACGAGUCGUUUGACGAAGAAAACCAGUGGUCCAGCGACGACAAUUCGUCCGCCAACGAGAAAGGGGUAGCAUUCGCUCCUGCCACAGCCACGUCCAAGCAUCUGUCGAUGACCUCGACUCUGCCGCUCAAACGAGAUAAUUCCACUCACUCGAUUCGGCUGCUUCUCAACCUGCCUCAAACCGCACUCUUGGCACGCAAACUGACGAAAAAGAAACUGGCGCCGAGAAGCAGACUGGACCUGACUGCCAGCAAUCCCGGCACCCAGCUUCUGGGCGGCCUCAUGUUCCCCAUCACCGAGUUUGACUCGAGGCUAGACUCGCGAGCCAUGUUCAUGGCCCAGAACGAGUCGAAACAGACGUUAGGCGACGAGAACGACUACUCACGCCGGAUCCUCACGGUUACCAAUCCAGAGUGA